AUGACCCCAACCAAAGAAGAACUCGACCGCGCCCUGAACGAAAUCAAAGCCACCUUCCUCUCCAGAGAAACCAAGCUCGCCAAAGCCUACGCCGAGCACCCCGACCCGGACGCGUGGUACUUGAACUUUAUCAGCUGCCUUGCCAAGGUUGCUGCUGGACCGCCGCCGUUGCCCUCUACCGCUGGUCAGAAGCAGCCAGCAGCUGGGGUCGGAGUUCGACUUGGAGUUGAAGCUGAAGUUAAACCUGAGGCAGCAAACGAUAGUAGCGGUUGUAGUGUGACUGCGGGCGUGGGUAGAGGUACUAGAGGUAUGAAGAGACCUAGGGUUGAGGACAUGGAUGGUCUACUCAACACUACGAUGACUGUUAGGAACAGGCACCCAUUUGAUUGGAUCAUUCCGGGUUGA